AUGGAUGAAGACACUUCAGCUCGGAGAGUAUUCGAUCGGGAAACAGAGGAAGAGGAAGAUCAGGUGAAGAAAGAAGAACGACUGGCACUCGGUUGUACACUCGGCGAUAGCCGCAAACUCUUCGCCGCCGCCGCCUUCAUUGCCACUUUGGCCUUUGCCAGCGCUGAUGUCUCCCACUUGGGCUAUGGUUACGACCAACCCGCUGCUAGCGCACCAUCCAACCAAUACAUCCCACCUGCAGCCAGCGCUCCAGCUCCAGUCUACUCUGCCCCAGCUCCAUCCUACAGUGCCCCAGCUCCAGUUUACCAACCAGCUGCUGCUGCCCCAGAACCAGUUUACUCUGCCCCAGCACCAGCUCCAGUCUACCAACCUGCGCCAUCUGCUCCAGUCUCAUCUUACAUCCCACCUGCAGCUAGCGCUCCAGCACCAGUCUACAGUGCCCCAGCUCCAGUUUACCAACCAGCUGCUGCUGCCCCAGAACCAGUCUACUCAGCCCCAGCCCCAGCUCCAGUCUAUGCCCCACAACCCGCUGCAUCUGAAGUCUAUGAGCAACCUGCUCAAGAUGGUUACAGAUACCGCACUGUGCGUCGUCGUGUCUUCAAGCACCGUCGUUUCUAA